AUAGCAACAUUAACAGCAAUUCAGCUCCGGCUAGUCUGGUUCAAAUUCUGCGCACGUUAAUAUCGGUGAUACGGCAGGAUGCCAUGCAAACAGCAUUGACCGGCUGGCUGGGACUGGGGAACCUUCGCAUGGUUGGUACAGUAUCGCGAUCGUUAAUGAAAGGGAAUAUACAACAUUUGCUUUUGCGUUUUUUUUUGCAGGUAAUCUGGUGACUUCACUAUGGCAGGAGAUAACUCAUCAACGGCCACAGAAACUGCAACACAUGAAGACGUUCUGAAUGCAAUAGCUGUAGCCAAAGCAUUAGGAGCAAUCACACUGGAUAUAAGCAGGAAAGGCUUGACACAUAUACCACAUCAAGUCUUUCUUCUGGAACAUUUGGAGUAUGUUUAUUUGGAGGGUAAUGCCAUCAGCUAUGUGCCCAGUGAGCUAUUUGUCAUGCUAGCUAACAUGAAGUGGUUGGAUUUGAGGAACAAUCAAGUACAGGAAUUACCUGCAUCAAUUGGGGAACACAGGUGUUUGAAGACACUUCUCCUUGAAGGAAAUCAACUACGAGAGCUCCCUUGUGAACUUGGUUUUGUGAAGACGCUUUGUGGAUUGAACCUUCAGAAGAAUCCCCUUGAAUUUCCCCCGCCCAAGGUUCUUGAGAGAGGAGUCAAGGAGAUACAGCGUUAUCUAAGAGAUGCACACGGUGUCAGAGAUCGCCGCCUCACUGCAGCUGAUCUGCAGCUUGAGGAUCUGCAUCUGAGUGAUUCGGUGAGGAACUCAUCUGAGAGUGAUGAUGAUUACCAUGGCAACCUGAGUAAUGAGGAUGCAGUCAGCAGACAGAGUAGGAAGCUGAAGUCAGCCAGUCAUCACUCUAUGCAGUCAGCCGGUAGCAAUGAGGACUUGGAAUUCCCAAGACCAACGUCGGUGUCUUUACAUCGUCACAUGACAUAUGAGGAAUACAGACAGCUUCAAUAUGAAAAGUUUAAAAGAGCAGGGGCACUUGGUGUGCUAGGCAGAGAGAACAGUGCAAAGGAUAUAUCAUUGAGGUUUGCUGAUGUAGGCAUGACAAGCAGGGUAGCUGCUGGUAGCAGAAUACGUAAGAAGAAGAAGAGAAAGAAGAUCAGGACGCCACCAUUGAUAGACCCGAUAGAGUCUCGUAUGGCUGAAGAGAAGCGACUGGCUAAACUAAGAGAGCUUCAACAAAAACAAGCUCUCGUUGAACAACGACGAAAAGAUCAGCAAUUACUAGAAGAUUGGCGAAGUGAAACGAAAGAGAUGCAGCGUAAACAUUACAUACGAGCCAUUAAGAAUGCCCAGCAAGGCAUGCCGUGGAAGUACAAGGAUUUUACUGACCCAUUGAAGACGCCGUAUGAUACAGACCCUAACUACAUGAAGAUCCUAAACAAAGAAGAAAGGAUCAAGCAAGAGGUCAAGAAUAAACACGAGGCCAUGAAGCAGAGAAACGACCCUGAAGCUGCACAAAAACUAGACAAGGCCAGAGCGGAGAGAGAUCGGCAGCUAAUGGAUCGAAUCAAACGUCAUAAUCUGAAGGUGCAAGAGAGGAAACAACAACCUCGUGGCAACCCCCGUGAGGCAAUGGAAGCUGCCCAGAAUGAUCUUAAGAUGGCUAGUGACCUUCAGCGGGAGAUCAACCAUAGACGUUUGGAAUUGGAGUAUAGAUUCCGUGCCUUCACUGGUGACGCUUCACCUAUUCCUUGAUUGCAGCUCACUGCAUCAAUCUAUCAGAAGAUUGUUCAUAUCAGUUUAUGAUUUUUAACCGUUAGUAUUGUGAAUUAGUAUGUUUAUUUAUUGUGGAUUUUACUGGAAUAUAGGUCUGUUUUAUUGUGUGAACUGAAGCUGCUUGUUUAGUAGUUUGGUUGGUUACUGACAAUAGUACAUGUACUUCCUUUCAAAUAUACCCUAUUGGAUUGACUUUGACUUCAGCUGUGUUCCACUUGACUGUUUUGUUCUGUCAUCUCACUGUCAUCUCACUUUUCCCUGACAUAUUUUCCACUGACAUGUUUUCCACUUGUAUGUUUAACUUGUAUGUUUUAAAAAUACCACCCCCCCAAUAAAUUACCAAAUUAAAAACAAAAAUGGAAAUUGCAGUGCUUGGAAUGGUCUAUAUCAGGCCACUGGUGCAUGCUUCAACAUUUGAGCAAUACCUUGAUUUUCAACAAAUAUUGAAUGAAACAUUGAAUGAAAAAACAAUCAUUUUAGCUGCCAAGGCUUCAACACUUGAAAAAAGAAAUGCCUUGCUGAAUGGUGACAUGUUCAUUUGCCUUGCUGGUGAUGAUGAUGCAGUGUACUGCAUAGGUUUUACAGUGUGGACAUGCUCCUAUUGGGAGUAAACAGAGCCCCUAUCAAACUACUCUUGACAGUAUGGAAGAUCGUCUGUGACUGCUUAGCUUGUUAUAGUUGUACAAGUACUAAGCUUAAUCCUGUGCAGCACAGGGCGGUCAUUAGCGACUGCUGAAGAAACAUUAAAUUGUUCAUCUAAUCCAAAUAAUCUGUGCACCAAAGGGUUGACAGGGAUAUUAAUUCUCUGGCCAUUCAUUUUAAAGUGAAUUUUGUCACGAACUUUCACCAAAGUCCCACCAGAAGAAUCGCUUUCAAUACAGUUUCAGAAUUGAUUAUACUACUACUGUAAAUAGUUGGUCAAAUGUUGACCAUGCAGGAUUUGCAUUUUGUUAUCGUUAGAGUACAUUUAUUACUUUGCUAAAAUGAGUUCAUACGGUGUAUUUGAAGGACGUGGAAAGUUUGUAACAUGUUUAUGGUGUAAAUACAAUACAAGAAUGUGUGUUACUAGUCAUGAUGAUUGGCAGUGUGUCGGUUCUGAAUAGCAAAGCAGGCACAAGUGAAUCUAACAUUGUGAAAUAUUCCAAUGAUACAUUUCUGUACAUUGCAGUCUCAGAGAUUUUAAAUGCAGAAAAAAUUAAUAAAUGAACAGCUAAAAAAACCUGA